AUAAGCGCAUCAAAUUCCCCGCAGCUCCAGAUCACCGCCAAUGAAAACGCACAAAGCGUGAGAUGGUAUGGUGGAGGGAGGGGGCAGAGAAGGGGAAUCAGAGGUAGAAAGUGUGAGCCAAAACCUCCCCAUACACACACACACAUACGAGGACAACUACUCAAGCUGGGACGACCCAAAAGGCGGUCACAUUUCCCAUGCUCACCUGCAAACGUGAUUGAUGUGGGUGUUUGUAUCAGUGGGUGUGUAUGUCAUGUCUGACACUAUCACACCGGUCAGGGAUUUGCUGACUUCACUCUCUUAGAAAGUGUGAGAAUUGUGCACCACCAGCCGCGCUCCACAGUCGCGCGUGUGCAGCUGAGCAAUACGCAAUAAGUCCUCCAGAUAUCUCCGAAGAGCCAAGCCGCAACUUGCAGAGAGGGACUGACUCUUACGCACCUGAACAGAGACCCUGAUGCGCACUGACGCAUUUUUCACCACUUCUUCCAGUUUCUCCAUGGAGCAGGUGUUUUCUGCGGAGCUAUUUUUUUGACUUUCUUGUCGGUCUUCUAAAACCAGCCAUUCCCUGACAUCCGUGAAGUCCUUUUAAAGUCAGCAAUAACAACUUAAGAGAGAUGGAUAACAGUCCUGGAGGUGGUGGUGGUGUCAUCCUGUAUGCAGGAUCAUCAGGAAGCGCCAGUCCAAGCCCUGGCAGCCCUUCCAGUGGGUACCAAACACAGUCCCCCUCAUCACACUCCCAGCCUUCAUCUCCAGAAGAGAUUACCUUCACAGAGAUCGGGGCGCUCAAACAGGGGAGGGAAACUGGGGGCAGCACCCCAACCUCCAAACUGGUGUUCCAGUUCCCAGAUGUCUACAGUGCUUCCCCAUCCACAGCUGCUCAACAGCAACCCUACGCACAUCCCAUUGCGGGAAAGAGGCCCUGCGGAUUUGCAGGAACCUUUACCAAAACUGGUGGAAUGGUCCUGCUCUGUAAAGUUUGUGGAGACAUUGCAUCUGGUUUCCACUAUGGCGUGCAUGCAUGUGAGGGCUGCAAGGGCUUUUUUCGACGCAGCAUCCAGCAGAAUAUCAACUACAAGAUGUGCGUCAAAAAUGAGAACUGUCUGAUCAUGCGCAUGAACCGUAACAGAUGCCAGCACUGUCGUUUCAAGAAAUGCAUCUCUGUCGGCAUGUCAAGAGAUGCUGUCCGUUUUGGCCGCAUUCCUAAACGGGAGAAGCAGAGACUCCUUGAUGAGAUGCAGAGCUACAUGAACAGCCUGAAUGAGUCAGCUCCCAUGGAUAUGGACUCUCCCAUUAUGGAGAGUACCAACAGCACAGAUGACUGCAGCUCAAAAGAGGCCAUUGGGACAAUAUCCAGAGCCUAUCGGGACAUCUUCACCACCAACAACAGCCAUGAAAGAUCCUCCAACAGGGCCAGCAUUUCCGCUUCCAACAGCAGCAGCAACAACAACAACAAUGCUUCAACCUUUCCUCGGGAUGGUAGUUUCCAAGCACCAUCUCAUCCCAGUUCCACCCAGAGUUAUCAGUCCUGCCCCGUUUCGCACGCAGCUAUGUGUCCUGUCACCUCUAAUGAAAACCAACCUGUGUUUCACAAAGUGGACAACAAUCAGUUUUCCUAUUUAGUGUCAACAAACCAGAAUCAAAGCCAAUCAAAUGCUGCAAUGAGGCAAAGGGUCAGCCCCUCCAAUCAUAGCAGUUUUCCCACUGGAGAAGUUGCCCAAAAUGCAGCCUCCUGUCCAUGGAAAUUAGCACAAGGAGCAAAAGUGCUGGCCUGUCCCCUCAAUGCGUGCCCUGUAUCAGGAGCAGAGCGAACGAGUCAGGAGAUAUGGGAGUCCUUUUCUCAGUGUUUCACCCCUGCUGUGAAGGAGGUGGUGGAGUUUGCCAAGGGCAUUCCUGGAUUCCAAGAGCUAAGCCAACAGGACCAGGUCAUGCUGUUAAAGUCCGGAACCUUCCAGGUACUCAUGGUGAGGUUUUGCACGUUGUUCAAUGCCGAGCAGCGUACAGUAACCUUCUUAAAUGGUCAAACGUACCCCCUGUCAACUUUGCGAGUCUUGGGCAUGGGGUCUCUUCUGGAUGCAAUGUUUGAAUUCAGUGAGAAGCUGGGCUCCCUGGGGCUGGAGCCUGAUGAAAUGGCUCUGUUCAUGGCUGUGGUUCUGGUUUCUGCAGACCGUUCUGGGAUCUCAGACAUGAGAGCUGUGGAGCAGCUUCAGGAGGGUCUGAUCCGCGCCCUCCGAUCACUGAUCGGUCGCCGACGCCCAGACGACUCGGCCCUCUUCCCCAAACUCCUGCUGCGCUUGCCAGACCUGCGAACCCUCAACAACCUGCACUCCGACAAACUGCUGGCCUUUCGAAUUGACCCAUGAGAAGGAGACUGGUUUCAUGUGGAAUAAAGCAAAGACAUUGAAAUACAGACUUUAUGAAGACAGGACUUCCUUUAAAAGCGAGAGACAAGAUGUGGUGCAAUAUGAAGAAUGUGCAAAAAAGAACAAUUGAGGGGGGGGGACCUAUUUCCAACUCAUGUUUAAUACAUAUGCAAUGUUUUUAAGAUAAAAAGAUACACAUCCAUAAAACUCAUGUACAUAAAUCACUGUUAUCUCCAGAAAAAUCUUAAUUAAUAGAGUUACUUUUUCAAUCUUAGACAGAUCUUUUGUGUAUUUGCUCAUUAUCAAGCUUUAGAAGAAACUCGGUCAAGUUCACUUGAUCUAUUUAAGUUCACAAAGUAUUACUGGACUAUGAGUAGGCAGCAGCUAGAGGAUGAAAAUAGAUGAACAACAUGGUAAAUAAUUAGGGACCACUGGUGGUAAAUGAUCAGAUGUUAGUCAUAUUUAGAAGAAAGGGAAGCUGUACAUAAACUAUAGUGAAGCCACAACUGUUAAGUUAAUUAGUGAUUUCUGUUUCAUAAACAUACCAUCAGAAUUAAGACUUCUGUGCUUAAUGUGUCACUUUUGUACAACAGGAUGCAUUCUGUCCCAUUUUCCACCAGAGCUUGUGCUGAAAUACAUCAGUGGCUUUUGAAUUAUUUCAGAUUAACUUUCUGUCUGGAUCAUCGUACUUUUAUCACAUAUGAACCAAUGGAGACACUCCCUGCACAGUGAACCUUAAAACUUCUUUGUUCAUUUCUGUCACUUUGUAAAUAUUAUGUUACCCUAUUAUGUAUGUAUAAUAUGCAUCAGAGAUUUGAAGGAUAGAGUUUGGUAUAAAGAAGAAUGUAUUCUGCCUUCCUGUACUCAGCGAGGGCUCUGGCUAUACGCUGAAGGGGUAAAGCACAGAGGACUGUGUUGAAGGGGAUUCUGAGAUGUCUUGGACACACUUCCACAUAUUAUAACUAACCAGCAUAAUCCUUGAUAUUACCAGCACUUAAAGCUCAUGAACCCAUCCUCUGCCCCCCAAUGUUUGUCAUACAAACAAAAGAGAUAUUUUUUGGCUGAAGGAUCUAAUCCGAUCUUCUCACUGCUUGUUUGAUUAUGGCUAAUAUGCGCACCUUGUACAUUUUGUAAACUUUCUUUUUUUCCUCCUGAA